AACUUUUCUGGCAGCAUUUCAUUUGAAGACUACAUAGUAUUAGACAGACUAGUUUCUAACAGAAUUAUUGACUAUGAAGAGAUGCUCCAACUACGAAACAGGACAAGAAAUAAUUGAUUUUGCUGUUUGCUACUUGCAAACGAAAAUUUGCCAGAAAUUGGAGCGACACUGUGUAAUGAAUGUGAAAAAUUUGAUUUUCGAAACUGCAACAUUGACUAGGAAGUAACGUUGGUCAUUGACUCAUCUUGUCAAUCAGUGGCUUUUAAUGUAAAGCGUGCUAGCUCAAAAGAAAUUGACACCGACAUGAACAUUAGUAUAAAGUACGUGGAUGAACUAAAUCAGGAAACUUCAUCGGAAUUGCAAGUAUAUAAUGCUACAGUUCUCUGCAUCAAGGAUACUAUCACAGCUAUUCUGCUUCUAAGUAUUGAUACAAAAAACAUUGAAAGAGAAGCUUUUGAACAAAUCAUUGCUCGUCAAUUAAAGGUCAAUCGUUGUGAAAUAGAUUUCAAGUUUGCGAAAAAGAGCAGAACAUGGAUUUUGCUGAAUCUCUCAGCUAGAGCUGGAUUGCGGCUUUUGGAGACCCUUAGUAAGAAUGAGUCCAGAGAUCAAUUUGGUGAAAUGAUAGCAAAGGUAUUGCAUUCAACUUUAGCAAAGACGGUUUCUAUUGAGGUGAAGAUAAGCAAUUUGCCACCAUCUACAAUUUACGUUACUCCCACAGGAAUGUUCCUGGUCAAAGCAGAUGAUACAAGUUCUCUGGGUAAUAGCAACUCUUCAUUAAUUGAUUUCCGAACACUAGCUAUAGGGGCACUUCGUUUAGUGGUACUAUUUUAUUUGGCGCUAAAACUCAAUUUCCUUUUUGGCCUGCCUUCUUCAUUAGAUACAGUGUCACAAGACUUCGAAGUUAUAGUAGAGGACAAGUUUGUUGCAAGCUCUACCUUGAGUACAGGUCAGUAGAUUUGUAUAAAACAACUAUAUUUUGUCUUUGUUUUGUUAGCUAUGUAAGAGCAGCCUAUUUAAAAUGCGGUUAUUGUGAUUUGCGCAAAUUUUUU